AUGAGUACAAUCGCAGAGAUAGAGAAUAUUAACAACGUUAAUGCUAGAUAUGAUCAUGAGCACGUAAUUGCUACAUUGCUUCCAUUGUUCAAUCAAUUGAACACGUAUGAUGAGAACAUUAUCGAUGAUGCAUGCCGUUCAAUUCGAUCACAUUUCAGUAGUGCAAGAGCAUUGGCACCGACUCAACCUCCAUUGCUCGACGUCCGCGUCACUCCUUUCAUUCAGCUCGGUCUGCUUCAUCCGAGUGCAGAGGUGCAGGCCACCACUUUGAAGCAGAUCGAUGAGACGCUCAAGACCAACAGAGAGGCAACACUCGAGUGGCUCGGCAGCAACGAGAUGCUCAUAAGCUUGGUGCCUUUGCUUGGUGGCAAGUCAACUCUGUCUGUCGCUCAAGCAACACUCAACAUAUUCUCAACGAUUGCCAACAAUGAUGCCAAGGCCUUGCUUCAGCAGACUGCCUUUAUCGAUGCCAUCAAGACAUGUUACAUCAAUAAUCUUGACAGCGAGUCAGCUCACCUACGUGUGUUGGAGUUGGCUGUCAUCCUCACCUUGCUCGACCCGGCAGAGUUCACAACCUUGCUUCAAGACCCAUUAUUGGAUGCUCUGUUCAAGGAGACAUCAUCGGCCAACUCCACAGACACUCUUUCCCGACUGGGCGAGCUGGAGCUGAUCGGACGUCUUGGUGGAAAUGUUGGCGCACUCGAAUGGAUCGUUCAAUCGCAGGGCAAGUUGUUUGAGGUGCUCAGAUCUACGCUCUCAAACGUCAAGGAUCACGAUGAUUCAUCCACACCUCCCGACUACCUCUGGGUCAAUGGAGUCUAUCAAUUGGUUGCUCAAUGGUGCCAAAGCAACCGACACAUCGACUUGAUGUUGACCGCCGGACAGCUCCAACUGCCACUCUUCAGCUCGAUACUCUAUUGUCUCGAGAGUCACAGAUCCUCCACUCUGGCCACAAGAUGUGUGGAGCGAGCCAUUGAAGUUAUUGGUAUCAUUGGAAGCCAUCGAUUUGGUCUUGAUCAUGUGCUCGCCCAACCAGAGCUAUGCAAGCUGUUCAUAUCGUUCAGCCAUCACAGACUGGACAACAUUGCGGUGCCCAGCCAGCACACUCUGGCAAUAAUGUUGGAGUCCAAGGAAGCAAGACCGACCGUCACUGACGACCUUCAAAGGUUGGUGAUGGAGAUUGGCGACGGUCAUGAGAUACCCAAGAGUGCGAUGAAGUCUAUCUCAUCACCCAUCGAGGAUGUAAGGGUGGCCGCGCUGCACCUCGUCCAGGCAUUCUGUCUACAUCAAUGGGGAUGCCAAGCAAUGCUGGCACAACCAGGCCUAUACGAGUAUCUAAUCAGUCGCAAUGAGACCACCAAGUUAAUAAGAGAGUGGAAGUUUACCAUUGUACAAACAUUGGUGACACAACAGGAAGCACUGCUCAACACUGAGAACUUCAAUCAUCAAUGGCUCAAACUUAAGGAGUAUCAUUCACGUGGUGUCCAUUACCUGCCAAGCGAAGCCAAUGUAACAAUUGCCACUCAAGACAUGUAA